UUAAUCCAUGAUUUUUACACCUUCCUCCUUCCCAAUCCGCCGGUUCACAGUGCGGAGCUCACCUACGUCCUCGUCGUCCUCAAUCGUGACCUGCCGCGAUUCACCCCGCUUCUGUGGAAGAACGAGCAGCACAAAUUCGUAUCUGCGCCGACGGUGGUGCGAACAGGCUGUAUGAUGAAAUGCCGAUGUUGUUCCCUGAUGAAACCGCCUUAGCUGUUCGUCAAAGGUAUAAGCCAGAAUUAAUAAAGGGAGACAUGGAUUCUGUUAGGGAAGAAGUUUCACAGUUCUACAGAGCUUUGGGAACCAGGGUAGUUGAUGCUUCAGAUGACCAGGACACAACAGAUUUGCAUAAAUGCAUUGCAUAUAUUCGAGAUUUACCUAAUCUGAAGAAUGAAAAUGCAAGUACUUGUGUCCUUGUUGCUGGAGCACUAGGUGGAAGAUUUGAUCACGAGGCUGGCAAUAUCAACGUUCUCUGCCAUUUCUCAAGCACACAGAUAGUUCUUCUAUCUGAUGAUUGCCUCAUCCAACUUCUUCCCAGUAGUCAUCUUCAUGAGAUCCAUAUUCAUCCCACCAUUGAAGGACCGCAUUGUGGUCUCGUACCCAUCCGCGGGCCAUCCAAAAGUAGCACCACGACAGGGCUUCAGUGGAAUCUCUCUGAUACAGAAAUGAAAUUCGGUGGCCUUAUUAGCACAUCAAACUUGGCAAAAGAUGAAAUAGUGACCGUUCGAUCAGAUUCUGAUCUCCUUUGGACUGUAUCCCUCAAAAAGAUCGGAUGACUGAAAUAGUAUUCGCCACUACGAUGAGAAAUUGGUGAAUGGAAGCUACUCAUGAGGAUUUUGCUAUGCGUUAAUUGGGCUGAAGAUGAUCAUUUGAUUGCGGAGAAGCUCUUAAGAAUAUUCUUAAAAGUGGAAUUAUUGUUUGAAGCAAGAAAUUGGUGUAUUAGCUCGCAUGUGUAUACUUAAUAUAAACGUUUAUUCACACUUAGGAUGGCAGAUGUAGUAUGUAUUACACCAAUCAAUCCAUCUGGAAAGGUUGAUGACAGUUUUCCAAGUUUUUGUUGAUAAAAUUAUAGUACUAUGGUUUGAUUGGUUUCGUAGUAAUAAUUUCUUUCUUUUA